AUGACGGGCAACUCUACUGCUCGAUCUGGGUUUCUACUGGCCAACGGCAGGCCCUAUAUGCUCGAGCGGACCUACUCAGCCACCGCUCGCCUCAACUACCAGCAUUACCUCUUCAGAGAAUGUGUCAAGUUCAAUCUUCAUCCGUCAAUUCCUGUGCCACCCAACGCUCGAAUUGCCGAUGUCGCCACAGGAACGGCAAUCUGGCUAUAUGAAGUUGCGCGGGAUAUUCCCACAGCCACGUUAGAUGGCUUGGAUAUCAGUCUGGACAGCGGGCCACCAGCUGAGUGGCUUCCAAAAAAUGCCACUCUGCGCCAAUUGGAUAUAUUUGACGACGUGCCACCUGAUCUGGUGGGCACAUACGACAUUGUUCACCUACGGUUCUUCAUGCUGGUGGUCCGAGAGAGUGAUCCCAUUCCUGUGAUCCGCAAACUCCUAGCGAUGGAGCAACUGCGGCAGUUUGCGUAUUCUGAUGGCCGCAACAACUGGACUCUGGAUAUCCAACGGCACCUGCGGAACGAAGGCUUUAUCCGUACGGGACUCUUUCAGUAUCGCGAUCCACCAGAACGGGCCAAGGCAAAUAAUGAGGAGUAUAUCAUGUGCUUGGAGGAGUUUGCCAACCGGCUGGACCAAGAAGGAGAGAGACAAGAUGCACAGGAGGUAUAUGACCUGAUUGGAAAGAUAAAUGAGGAGUCUCAGCGGGGAGCAGCAUUGAUAAUGGACAGGCUCGUGAGCAUUGGACAAAGGGCAACUCCACAAAGCCAGCUCUAG